CUCGCGCAUAGUUGAUCUGCUCUGCUGAACGUACCGUCGGUCAAAUAGGCACUGUAGACAUGACACUUCUGUCCUUGACACCCAGAGGCCACUAUUUAUGUUGGAUUUUUAAUUAUUUAAAAUACAAAAAAUCGAUUUUAGAAUAUUCUUGGAGUCCUAGAAAAAUCGGAAGUCGUCUCACGAAUGGAUUCCCGUUGACUUGCGAUACCUUGUCCCCUGUUUCUCAUCAAAUCAUGUCGACAUGAUAUCUUACCCAAGAAGACCAUCAACAAAUAACAUUUAUGCCAAUAACAUUACAAGUCAUAAUAAUUAUCACCACACAAUACCAUCAACAUAAUAUUUUUCAGUAUAUUCUGCCCAAUAGUAUUACAUCCCGAUAAUAUUUAGGGGUGGUUACCCUUCUCCCUCCAUCCCUAUUCCCUUACUUUCUCCCUCAUCAACUGUCCCACCGCGAAGUGGAUAUUACCCCACCGUAUUCACAAUUAUAGGCAGUUCACCAGAGUAUUCACUCUCCAGUACCGAUGUUAGAGGAUGGAAUGACGAGAAAAUUGAACUGACAUUUGCCUCCAGGGGAUUUUCCCCGAAAAUCAUACGGUGCAAAUUCUCGGUAAAAAAAAACUACAGUUGAUGUCGAUAGUCUCUGACUGACGUUUGUCGGUGAACGUAUAUUCAACUCUUCACUUUUAUCCGCAAAAUUUUCCAUCACAUGAGCCGUGGGGAUAAUGCCCUGGGGUCCGCAGCAGGUGUUACUUUUCGACUUUAGUCUGAGGAAGGGUUUGGCACGCGGGGGCUGAGUCAAUCGAUGGAAAAUAACUUUGUUGUUUCAGGGGUGAGGCAGAAGUCAUGCGGCACCGAGGAAGCGUGGACGAACCGAACGGAGGAAAAGACUUCUGGGAUCAGUCUUACUACUGGUUCACGAAGACCAUAUUCCGGGCCAUUGGCCACUGGCCCUAUCAGUCACGGAUGGAACUUGUUAUGUGCAGAAUAGCCCUGCACUUCGCUUAUUGGAUUCAAGUGGUACCACAGAUCGUCGCAGUUGUUUGCCAUUAUGAUAAUUUCGAUCUCGUCAUCGAAGCGAUGAGUUCCUUUAUUAUUGACGUGGCCGUUAUGUGCAAUUUGACUACUUUUUUCUUCAAUUCUGAUAAGAUCCAACUCCUCCUGGAACAGGUCAAGGAGGACUGGACAAUUUUUCCAAUGAAUAAUGGAUUGAAAUUACUUCAUGAAUAUACUGAAUUGGGUAAACAAAGGGUGAUAUUAUAUUCAGUGGGUCUUUAUGCUGCCUGGUUCAUGUUUGUUAGUGAACCACUUUAUAUUAAAAUAUUUCGCCUCUUCAGACCCUCCAACAAAACUGUACCAUUGCGAUUUCCAAUACCAGUGGAUUAUGGCCCACUCGAUGUGGAAAAAUACUAUUACGUUAUUCUAGCAGUUUCAGCUAUAUCGAUAUUUGGGGUUGUCACGGUGGUGGUGUCUGCUGACAUAUUACUAUUUCUCUAUUCACAACAUGCAUGUGGAGUAUUUGCAGCUUUGGGAGUCGCCAUCGAAAAUUUACCGGUUAAUGUCACUACUCGGAAACAGACGAAUGAUUAUGAAUAUCAGUAUCUGAGAAAGUGUGUCAUAAUACAUCAUCGAAUACUUGAAUUUUCAAAUACCAUUGAGAGUAUUUUUUGCUGGAAUUUUUUAAUGACUAUUGGACUUAACAUGAUUGUCAUUAGCAUGACUGCGGUACAGGUACAGAUAGACAUGAACUGCUUGGCUGUUACUAAUUUAGAUGCAGUAGCUUUACUUCUGAAGACCCUGAUGUUUAUGAUAGCAACAACUUCGCACCUGUUCAUCCAAUGUUUCAUGUCACAACAAAUUACAGAAAGCAGUCUUGGUGUUCAGCAAAGCGUAAUUAAUGCAAAAUGGUACUUCAGUACAGCCCAAUCGAAGCAUUUACUGCAAUUUAUGAUUAUGCGGAGUCAAAUUCCGUGUCAGUUAACAGCGGGAAGAGUCAUCCUCAUGUCCCUGAACACAUUCAGUUCCAUCAUCAGAACUUCGGCGACUUAUUUCACAAUAUUCCUGGACAUGCAAUAGAUCAUGAAAAAUACGUUCAAAGGGUAUGUUAAAGAGGUUGACGUUGGAAAACGGCACCUGAUAUUUUUGUUAUUCAUAAUUAUUGGAUAUUGGGUUUAAUUAAAAAAGCAGUUAAUUAUAAAAAGCAGGAGAUUUACUAUUAUAAUUUCUUUAUCCAACAAAGGCCCCAUAUUUCCAUUGGAGAAUCCCUUUCAAAUUCUUGUCAGAAGAAUAUUUAAUUGAUAAAAUAAUCUUUAUCUGUCAGUGUGUGUUAUUCACUUCUAUUUUUUUCUCUCUGGAGGGCCAAUUUUCAUCCAAAUUUUUUGUUCAUGUACCACUCGAUACUUUUACCCCUCCCUGAAA